AUGGGUUUGCGACAUAAUCGAGAACCAAUAAAAAUUAACCAUCCUUCCGUUGUUCGUGUAAUAAAUCUACGAGCGCUUUUCUUGCUAAAUUUUGACGCUUUGGUAUGUAGAGUGAAAUUCUAUCGAAAUAUUCCAUCUUAUAUAUUGUAUGAAAUGUUCAUAUGUGGUCAUCAGCUGUGGUUGUUACCUUCUGCUGUUGGAAGAGAAUGUACUGCAACUUGCUUACAACACUCCAUGGCUUCAUUAAUCCAUCAGAGUGUCUCUAUAUUAGAUGGCAACGAGUAUUCAGAAUCGAAGAAAAUAGUAUGA